GUUUCUCUUGUUCCUUGUGUUAUUUUGGAUUCUCCUCUGGACCUUUGAGUUUUUCAGAGUUAUUGGUCAUUUUAUGUAGUUUAUUUUCUCCUGUGUUUUGCUUCAUAAGCUGUUUGGUUUCAAUCUUUCCUUCCAGAUUCUUCUGUCGUUCUGUUCCCUGAAUAAUCUUCAAGGCUGUUCUGUUUUUAUACAUAAAGGAAAGAAAAAAGACAGUUUGUGGUUGUGAAAAUAUGCAUAUUUGCAGAGUAGCUGAUUACUCAGGCUGUAAGACGUUCAUUAUGUUCAUCAGAACGACAGAACAGAGGAAACCGUCUCUGUGGCACCGGCCUGAAGAGCAGAAUGUUUCACUGAUCUUCAUCAACCAGACGAUGAGCUGGCCUGCAGCCCAGAGCCACUGCAGGAAGCAUCACACUGAUCUGGCCAGCGUGAGGACCGUGUCAGAGAACGAGCAGAUAAAGGGCCUAGUCCAAUCAGCAGGAGAGCUUCAGGCCUGGAUCGGUCUGUACAGACUCUCCUGGGUGUGGGUGGAUGGCAGUAACUCCUCCUUCCGCCACUGGAGAGCGUCAGAACCGAACGGGUCGGAGGAGAACUGUGCAGCCGCCGUUCCUGCAGACGGCGGGCGGUGGGAGGACUGGCCCUGCUCCUGGAAAAUGCCUUUUUUUUGCAACGCAGUUCCAGGUUCAAAGCGGCUGGUGAAGGUGAAGCUGGUGAAGUCUUCCUCUCUGGACCUCAGAGACCCGGCUGUGCUGGCAGACCUGCUGCAGCAGUUUGAACAGAAGUUGAAGGCCAGCAGAUCGGAUGGAGACGUCAGGCUGAGCUGGAGGAAAACGUUGGAUGGAGAAAUCUUCCACCAGGAGCGAUCAUCAGCUUCAGACUGGAAGACUGGACUCCUCUAAAGACUUCCAGCUUCACAAAUCUAAAGUUUAUAUUUGUGAUGUGAUUAUCAUAAUUUCUUUGUGUGCUGAUAGACAGAAGGUCUGAGAGUCUGAAUGGAUGAAUAAAACAUGGCUGACUCAAACU